AUGGACCCCAACACCAUUAUCGAGGCCCUGCGGGGCACCAUGGAUCCUGCCCUACGCGAGGCCGCGGAGCGCCAGCUCAAUGAAGCACACAAGUCUCUGAAUUUUGUUUCGACACUGCUUCAGAUUACUAUGUCAGAACAACUGGAUUUACCUGUGAGACAAGCAGGUGUUAUCUAUUUGAAGAAUAUGAUAACGCAGUAUUGGCCAGAUCGCGAGACAGCACCACGGGAUAUAUCUCCAUAUACUAUUCCAGAAGAAGAUCGACAUUGUAUUCGAGAAAAUAUUGUAGAGGCCAUUAUCCACUCUCCUGAGCUCAUCAGGGUACAGCUUACAACAUGCAUUCAUCAUAUCAUCAAACAUGAUUACCCAAGUCGCUGGACUGCCAUUGUGGACAAAAUUGGCUUUUAUCUUCAGUCUGAUAACAGUGCUUGUUGGUUAGGAAUUCUUCUUUGCCUUUAUCAGCUUGUGAAAAAUUAUGAGUACAAGAAACCAGAGGAACGGACUCCAUUGGUAGCAGCAAUGCAGCAUUUCCUGCCAGUAUUAAAGGACCGUUUUAUUCAACUUCUUUCUGAUCAGUCUGAUCAGUCUGUUCUCAUUCAGAAACAAAUUUUCAAGAUCUUCUAUGCUCUUGUUCAGUAUACACUACCACUGGAGCUGAUAAACCAACAGAACCUGACAGAAUGGAUAGAAAUUUUAAAGACGGUUGUGAACAGAGAUGUACCUAAUGAAACACUUCAAGUUGAAGAAGAUGAUAGACCUGAGUUACCAUGGUGGAAAUGUAAAAAGUGGGCUUUACAUAUUUUAGCAAGGCUUUUUGAAAGAUAUGGAAGCCCUGGCAAUGUUUCCAAGGAGUAUAAUGAAUUUGCUGAAGUAUUUCUGAAAGCUUUUGCUGUUGGUGUCCAGCAAGUUUUAUUGAAGGUAUUAUAUCAAUACAAGGAGAAGCAAUAUAUGGCUCCUCGAGUUUUGCAACAGACAUUAAAUUAUAUAAAUCAAGGAGUUUCUCAUGCUCUCACCUGGAAGAACCUGAAGCCUCAUAUACAAGGCAUUAUACAAGAUGUUAUUUUUCCAUUGAUGUGCUAUACAGAUGCUGAUGAAGAACUUUGGCAAGAAGACCCUUAUGAAUAUAUACGCAUGAAGUUUGAUGUGUUUGAAGAUUUCAUUUCUCCUACCACUGCUGCCCAGACACUAUUGUUUACUGCCUGUAGUAAGAGGAAAGAGGUACUGCAAAAGACUAUGGGAUUUUGCUAUCAGAUUCUUACAGAACCAAAUGCUGAUCCUCGAAAAAAAGAUGGAGCCCUGCAUAUGAUUGGCUCUUUAGCUGAAAUACUUCUAAAGAAAAAAAUAUAUAAAGAUCAGAUGGAAUACAUGUUGCAGAAUCAUGUAUUCCCUCUCUUCAGCAGUGAACUAGGCUACAUGAGAGCGAGAGCUUGCUGGGUCCUUCACUAUUUUUGUGAAGUUAAGUUCAAAAGUGACCAGAACCUGCAAACAGCCUUAGAGCUGACACGAAGAUGUCUAAUUGAUGAUAGGGAAAUGCCUGUGAAAGUGGAAGCUGCCAUUGCACUUCAGGUGUUAAUCAGCAAUCAAGAAAAAGCAAAGGAAUACAUCACACCAUUCAUCAGACCUGUAAUGCAAGCUCUUCUUCAUAUUAUAAGAGAAACAGAAAACGAUGAUCUUACCAAUGUAAUUCAGAAAAUGAUCUGCGAGUAUAGUGAAGAAGUUACUCCUAUUGCAGUAGAAAUGACACAGCAUUUGGCAAUGACAUUUAAUCAAGUAAUUCAGACUGGGCCUGAUGAAGAAGGAAGUGAUGACAAAGCAGUUACUGCUAUGGGGAUCUUGAAUACUAUUGACACACUUCUUAGUGUAGUUGAAGAUCAUAAAGAGAUAACUCAGCAGCUUGAGGGAAUCUGCUUACAGGUCAUUGGAACUGUUUUACAACAGCAUGUCUUAGAAUUCUAUGAGGAGAUCUUCUCUUUAGCACAUAGUUUGACAUGUCAACAAGUGUCUCCACAGAUGUGGCAGCUUCUACCUCUGGUAUUUGAGGUUUUUCAACAAGAUGGCUUUGAUUACUUUACAGAUAUGAUGCCUCUGCUUCAUAAUUAUGUGACAGUUGAUACAGACACACUUCUAUCUGAUACCAAGUAUCUUGAAAUGAUAUACAGUAUGUGCAAAAAGGUUCUUACAGGGGUUGCAGGAGAAGAUGCAGAGUGUCAUGCAGCAAAAUUAUUAGAGGUCAUCAUUCUACAGUGCAAAGGGCGUGGCAUUGACCAGUGCAUUCCCUUAUUCGUGGAAGCAGCGUUAGAGAGACUGACAAGAGAGGUGAAGACAAGUGAACUUCGAACAAUGUGCCUGCAAGUUGCCAUUGCAGCUUUGUAUUAUAAUCCACACCUCCUUCUUAAUACCUUAGAAAAUCUUCGCUUCCCUAAUAACGUUGAACCAGUUACAAAUCAUUUUAUUACACAGUGGCUUAAUGAUGUUGAUUGUUUCUUGGGGCUACAUGACAGAAAGAUGUGUGUUCUGGGCCUGUGUGCUCUUAUUGAUAUGGAACAGAUACCACAAGUUUUAAAUCAGGUUUCUGGACAGAUUUUGCCAGCUUUUAUCCUUUUAUUUAAUGGAUUAAAAAGAGCAUAUGCUUGCCAUGCAGAACAUGAAAAUGACAGUGAUGAUGAUGAUGAAGCUGAUGAUGAUGAUGAAACGGAGGAACUGGGGAGUGAUGAAGACGACAUUGAUGAAGAUGGUCAAGAAUACUUAGAGAUUCUGGCUAAGCAAGCAGGUGAAGAUGGAGAUGAUGACGAAUGGGAAGAAAACGAUGCGGAGGAGACUGCUUUGGAAGGUUAUUCCACAAUCAUUGAUGAUGAAGAUAACCCUGUUGAUGAGUAUCAAAUAUUUAAAGCUAUAUUUCAAACUAUACAGAAUCGUAAUCCUGGGUGGUAUCAGGCUCUAACUCAUGGUCUUAAUGAAGAACAAAGAAAGCAGUUACAAGAUAUAGCAACUCUGGCUGAUCAAAGAAGGGCUGCUCAUGAAUCCAAAAUGAUUGAGAAGCAUGGAGGAUACAAAUUCAGUGCUCCAGUUGUACCAAGUUCUUUCAAUUUUGGAGGCCCGGCACCAGGGAUGAACUGA